GAGGGGAGAAUUGGCUCUCCAGUCUCUCUCCAGUCAGAGAAAAAUUGCCCCUACAAUCCUCCACACGAGACUCGAGCGAUGCGAUAAAUACUACAUCUUUGAUAUCUAGCCAUAUUGCAUCAAUAUUGCAGGAUUACACAGUCAAAACGUUUGGUCUGGAGUUUAAAGCGUUUUCAUGAUGCAGUUUUUGGAUUUGUGGACCGCAUUCAUCCUCUGUAAGGAUUUUUACCUGACUUGAGAGAACCUUGCUUCCAUGACAUCAUACUGAGAGGAGAACUGGAUACCCAGUUUCCCAAGUCCACCAGCACCCCUCUGUGGCCUGUGGUGGGUUGCACUUUGGAUUUAAAACUACCAAGCCAGUGCGAACCAUGGAUGACCUAAUCGCCAGACACUACAACUUCACUGGGAAAUUUCGCAAGGUCGACAGGGACCCUGGACUAAGAGCGGACUCUGUCGUGUUCAUCAUCGUGUGCUGCUUCAUCAUCCUGGAAAAUGUUCUGGUUCUCCUCACUAUUUGGAGGACCAAGAAGUUCCACAAGCCCAUGUACUACUUUAUUGGGAACUUGGCCUUGUCAGACUUGCUGGCCGGGGUUGUGUACACGGCAAACAUCUUGCUGUCGGGAGCCAACACAUAUAAGUUGACCCCAACGCAGUGGUUCUUCAGGGAAGGGAGCAUGUUUGUGGCCUUGGCCGCUUCUGUGUUUAGUCUCUUGGCCAUUGCUAUUGAGCGACACCUGACCAUGCUGAAGAUGAAGCUCCACAACAACGGCAAAACGUGCCGGGUCUUCAUGCUGAUCAGCACCGUGUGGUUCAUCGCUGCCAUCUUGGGCGGCUUACCCAUCAUGGGAUGGAACUGCAUCGAGAGCAUGAACAACUGCUCCACAGUUUUGCCUCUCUACCACAAGACCUACAUCCUCUUCUGCACUACCGUAUUCAGCGUCAUCCUCAUGGCCAUCGUCAUCCUGUACGCCCGCAUCUAUGCCCUGGUCCGUACGCGGAGCCGCAAGCUGGUCUUCCGCAAGGUGGCCAACGGCCGCGGCAGCAACAAGAGUUCGGAGAAGUCCAUGGCCCUGCUGAAGACCGUCAUCAUCGUGUUGAGCUGCUUCAUAGCGUGUUGGGCGCCACUCUUCAUCCUGCUCCUGCUCGACGUGGCUUGUCAGAUCCGUGCUUGCCCGAUCCUCUUCAAGGCCGAGUGGUUCCUAGCUCUGGCCGUGCUCAACUCCGCCAUGAACCCUCUGAUCUACACCCUGACCAGCAAUGAGAUGCGCCGGGCCUUCAUCAAGAUGCUCAACUGUGCCGUCUGCUGCCAACCGGCAGGCAAGUUCUCCAGGCCCAUCAUGGGCGCUGAGUUCAGCAGGAGCAAGUCGGACAACUCCUCCCACCCCAAUAAGGACGAGCCCGAAUACUCGCCCAGGGAAACCAUAGUGUCUUCUGGGAAUAUCACCUCUUCUUCUUAAAGGGACUAUCUUCUAAAUUUUUGUCUCAUUCCGUAGCAAGUGUUUGUCUGAAUGAGUGUGUUUGUUCGGUCUUCGGCGUCCUCGUUGUUUGCAAUCCUUAAUGGUAGCGGAGUGCUGGGAGAAACCAGGAUUUGUUGGAAGUCUCGGCUUGUGCUUACAUUUAAGACUUCGUCUUCUGCUAUUCCUGACAGACCGCCAGUUGAAACUUUUCCGCAACUUAGGGAAGCACUUAACCAACUGUUAUUCAGUCUUUUUUUUUUUUUUAUCCCAGUCAAAUGGAAUCCUGUAGACAAGCACUUUUCGGGGAAAUGCUCCUUGAGAACCAACAUAGCAUUACUGACUCGGUCUAAAAUGGAUUGAUGUGAAACAUACUAGCUUGUUAUGGUUGUUUGUACUACAUUUUUGGAAUUAAAUUGAAGAAAUGCAGUCGAGAGGUACUUGCGUUUCUUUGAGUUAACACUAUGGUUUUAGGAUGUUAUUUCGCCCCUGAUCCAGAAUGUAUUUUGUAAAUGUAUUUGUUUUUCUUUACCUUUCAACAAAUAAACUGUUGUUGUAGAAGAGUGUGCAUGUACAUUAGCUGUCAAUAUUAAUUUAUCUUGAAACAGUUCCAAUAAAUUUGAAACUUGGAGGGAUGGAACUAAGUGUUGUGUUUAUUAAUUGUAAAUAUAUUUUAUUAUUUUACUUUGAUAGUACGCCGUGUAUUAUAGCUCGUGCACAUUGAUCUGCUCUGCCGCCCAUCAGGGGUAGUUUUGUCUUUGCUGGGUUGCAUGGCUCAACUCUAAUGACUCUAAUUUGAUGUAAUGGAAAGAUCCGGAGAAUUUAAGGUAAAUGUCUAUGUGAAUUUUCUGGUGGCAUGUCACAAUACAACAGAAUUCCAGCUGGUUUAUCAAUGUAAAGGCUUUUAUUUAUCCAUAUGUUCCUCAUACAUUCAAUCAAAUGAGCCAGUUUUAUCCUUGUUCACUGUUGCACAUUGUAACAUCUAGCCUGUGUUUUUGUUCUGUUAGUUGUUAAUAAAUAUUGUCGAUGAAAUUAAA